AUGGAGAAUCUGCCACUCUACGAUAUUGCUCGAUGGCAGGUACACGAAACUGAAGACGACUGCGACCUCAUCAUACGAACCAAUAACGGACGAGCCUUCUAUUGCACAGUCUCUCCGUCGCAUUUUCAUCGAUCACCCAAGCUCACGGACCAGUACUUCAAAUGCCUACACCUACUACGGUCAGGAGAAGAAGAGCAGGACGAUUUUUAUAUAGAGGAUGCUUACAACUGGCUGUCAAAGCCGUUCGAGCCUCUCAUCGCUCAGUUGUCGCCAUCAUCCUUAGCUGUUACCGACAAUGGACGGCCGAGACUCUCCCAGUAUCUGUUCCCACCGUAUUUCGUUUGCGGUUUAGAGGCUGCCGACGAAGUCCUGCGACCAUACCAAGUGCAGACACAGAACCAUGGCUGGUCCAGCCCGGUUGUGGUUGUAAAGGACGACAUCCUUACAGACCUCGACCAGUGGGCCAAGUCUUACCAUCCAUCGGAUGUCGAGAUAAUGUACAAUCGCUCUGAAGACAUCUUAAUCAAACGACCAACCAAGGUCCUUGUUGACAGUGGAAAUGGUAGUCAGGUCAAAUGUUACUUCAAACGUUUUGGGCUCUCAUUUGGCCCAGCGCAUGCGAAGAAGGAGCUCACAACGUUGAAAGCAAUCGUCAUGGCGCAAAUACCUCCUCCCCCCGAAGCAUGGAUCUGCCGCCUACACGGAGUUGUUCGAGACGGAGACAAGUUAAUGGGCAUGCUCUUUGUUUGGAUCGACACGAAGGGAGUGCUGUCAAAAGCAAGAGCUGACCAGAGUUCACCCGAUCUGAGGAAACGUUGGAAGACACAGAUCAGCACAUCUCUAGAGAAGCUGCACCAGAAGGGCAUCAUCUGGGGCGAUGUUAAAGCCGAGAAUGUUCUCAUCGACAGUGACGACAAUGCCUGGAUCAUCGACUUUGGGGGCAGUUACACCCCUGGAUGGGUUGACAAGGAGAAGGCCGGGACGCUGGCAGGCGACGCGCAGGGUUUGGAAAAGAUACUUGAUAUCCUUUGUUGA